GGCGGAGCGUCAAGCGCUGGGCUGGUAAGUAAGGCUGCGUUUGAGCACCGGGUUGGACAGGCUGCUUUGGGCUCUGGGCGGACUUGAGUGGAACAGACAAAGAUGGCGGUGCAGGUGGUGCAAGCUGUGCAGGCGGUUCAUCUUGAGUCUGACGCUUUCCUAGUUUGUCUCAACCAUGCGUUGAGCACAGAAAAGGAGGAGGUGAUGGGUCUAUGUAUAGGGGAGUUGAAUGAUGAAAUAAGGGGUGACUCCAAAUUUACAUACACUGGAACUGAAAUGCGCACAGUUGCAGAAAAGGUGGAUACCAUCAGAAUUGUUCACAUCCAUUCUGUCAUCAUCUUGCGACGUUCUGACAAGAGAAAGGACCGUGUAGAAAUUUCUCCCGAGCAGCUGUCUGCAGCCUCAACAGAGGCAGAAAGGUUGGCUGAAUUAACAGGUCGUCCUAUGAGAGUUGUUGGCUGGUAUCAUUCCCACCCUCACAUAACUGUUUGGCCUUCCCAUGUUGAUGUUCGUACACAAGCCAUGUACCAAAUGAUGGAUCAAGGCUUUGUAGGACUUAUCUUUUCCUGUUUCAUAGAGGACAAAAACACAAAGACUGGUCGGGUACUCUACACUUGCUUCCAAUCCAUACAAGCCCAAAAAAGCUCUGAGUAUGAGAGAAUUGAAAUACCAAUCCAUAUUGUACCUCAUAUCACUAUUGGGAAAGUAUGCCUUGAAUCAGCAGUAGAGCUGCCAAAGAUCCUGUGUCAGGAAGAACAGGAUGCAUAUAGAAGGAUUCACAGCCUUACACAUCUGGACUCAGUAACCAAGAUCCAUAAUGGCUCAGUGUUUACCAAGAAUUUGUGCAGUCAGAUGUCGGCAGUCAGUGGGCCUCUGCUGCAGUGGUUGGAGGACAGAUUGGAGCAAAACCAGCAGCAUUUGCAGGAGUUGCAACAAGAAAAGGAAGAGCUUAUGGAAGAGCUGUCUUCCCUAGAAUAAAGCAGGAGAACAAAAUAUAUGUGGUAAUAUUUUUUUUUCGGUUUGUGUUCUGAAUAUGGUCCAAAACUAUGUACAGCUCUUAUAUAGACAAAUAAUACAGCAGCACUUUUUAUAUACCAACAAAUAGUUUGAUGUAUAUAAAAAUGCAAGGUAUUUUCCUAAAAUUUCCCUAGAGCUUAUUCUCCUACCUGUAACUGCUAUAAAAGAAAACAUACAGGAUGAUUUAAACAGAAUAUUAAAGUUAUUUUUAAGGGGUAUAAGAAGUAAUUAGCAAGGAAUAUCUGGGAAUAAAAUAUCUGAAAAGUUUAUUUUAAAAUUUAAGAAUAUUUAUUCUAUUUUUUUUUUGAGCCAGACUGUCAGUAUGUAUCCUUAUUUGUCCAGGAAUUCAUUAUGCUGGCCUCAAACUCACAGAGAUCUCCCUGUAGUGCUGGGAUUAAAGGCAUGUGCCACCUAUCAUGUUUGGCAUUAAAUGUUUAUUCUCAAUGAAAAUAACCAGCAUAAACUUUUUUAGACAAUGUCUUAUUAUGUAGCCUAGCUUAUCUGCAACUAAGAGAAAUCUACUUGCCUCUGCUUCCUGAAUGGUGGGAUUAAAGAUGUGCACCAGCAAUAUAAACUUCUUAUAAUUUGAAGUCUUUGUUUUUUAUUUUCAGAUAUAUCCUAUAUAAUGAGAUAAAGAAAGAAGAACACUUGGUAUUUCUAUUUUAGAGUUUGAUGUUUUUGCUAGGCAAGUGAAUCCUAUGUACUAUAGGAUUAAUGGAAAGAUGUCCAGGUAGCUCAUUAGCAUCCACCUCUGUUGAUUAUUCUUACUUAGAAUCAUGUAUCAUGACUUCCUUCUUGAUAUCUAAAUAUGUAUUAUGAUAUAUCUAAAUUUUUGUCUGUGUGGAUAUCCUUUUAAGCAAACAAAUGAGUUCUAGCUUGUUUAAGUCUAAAGCAAAUUCUUGCUGAUCUUGUCUAAGAAUUCCAUGAUUUUUUUUUAAUGAAAUAGUAGGAUUGAUUUAAUUUGUAAUAGAAAUCAUACUUCAGAAAUGUGAUGAUUGUAUGAUUCCCUCAUAUGUAACCACUAAUUGUAAAUGUGUCUUCAGAGAAGAGUUGAUUCUGUUGCAUCCUAGAAACUGAAGUAGGAAUUGGAAAAAGAAUAAAUAAAUAAAAAGAAAAAAAGGAAUUAGUAUCAGUUCCAACCACAGUGAUAUUUGGGAUUUUGGCUUGUGUCCUUAUUUUUCCCUAGAUCAUUGUUUUUCAGUAUUCCAGAACCACUUGCAGCAGAGUCACCGGAGUUCAAAUUCAAUCUUUGAGCCUAGAACCUAGAAAUCUACAAGAGCUAAUUAUCUGAUUAUGAGGCAUACUUACAUUUGGAAACAAAUAUUCUUAAAGCAUAAGGAAUGUAAACACUUUAUUUUAUCUAAUUACCUCCUACUACAGUUAGUAUUUAUUCAUUUUUAUAAGGCACAUGAAAAUACCUGGCAUUCAAUUUAUUAAACUAAAUAAACUUUAAAAAAGAUAAAGUUGGAGAGCUCACAUUAUAUAACUUCAAGACUUAUAACACUGUGGUAAUCAGUAUACCAUGAUAUUUGCAGAAGAAUCAACGGAACAGGAACAAAAAUUCAGAAAUAAGCCCUCAAUAAUACGCUUAACUAAUUUUGAAAAAGUACAAAAGUGAUUCAAGGAAGAAAGGGCAGCCAUUUCACCAAAUUGAAUCUCCAAAGGACAACAAAAUAUGUUCUAAAAGUACCUCAAAAUGUAUCAUGAAUUUUAAAUCUAAGAUGGAAAACUUUAGAAAAAAAUAUUCAUAAAAAAUCUUGAGGAGUCAAGUACUUAAUGUUCAACUGAAAAGCACAAUCCACAAAAAAACAAAGUAGAAAUCUCUGCCCUGCAGACUAUCAAUGUAGAUACUGAGACUUAUGGGCAACCUUUGGGCAGAGUGCAGGAAAUCUUAGGAAAGAAGUGGGAAAUAGUAAGAUCUGGAGAGGACAGGAACUCCAUAAGGAGAGCAACAGAACCAAAAAAAUCUGAGCACAGGGGUCUUUCCUGAGACUGAUACUCCAACCAAGGACUAUGCAUGGAGAUAACCUAAGAGCCCUGCACAGAUGUAGCCCUUGGCAGUUCAGUAUCCAAGUGGGUUCCAUUGUAAUAGGAACAAGGACUGUCUCUGACAUGAACUGAUUGGCCUGCUCUUUAAUUUCUUCCCCCCUGAGGGGGAAACAGCAUUACCAGGCCACAGAAGAAGACAAUGCAGCCACUCCUGAUGAGACCUAAUUGACUAGGAUCAGAAGGAAGGAAAAGAAGACCUCCCCUAUGAGUGGACUUGGGCAUGCAGGCAGAAGGUGGAGGAAGGGAGGGAUCAGGACGAGAGGAGGGAGGGAACCACAGGGGGGAUACAAAGUGAGUAAAGUGUAAUUAAUAAAGAAAAAUUUAAAAAAAGAAAUAUUAGACUUCACCAAAAUUAAAAUUUUCUUUUCUGCAAAAAAGUUAAGAGGAAACUAUACAAUAUCUACAUGGUGGAAAAGAUACCAUGCUUAAAACUAAAAACAAAAAAAAAAAAAAACAAUUCUAGUAGAAAAUGGAAAAAAAAGAUAUAAACAUUGUCACUAAAGUGGGUAUAUAGAUGGCAGGUAAUUAUGUGAAAAUAUAUUGAGCCUUCAAGUCAUUGGGGAAUGCAACUUAAAACUAUGGUAUGGAGAAAAUAGUGAAGAUACCAAAUAUUGUUGAGGAUGCAACCUAGAUUUCUCAUACAGCAAUGACAGGAAUGUAAAAUAUAGCUACUUGGUAGAAGAGUUUAGAAAUUUUUAUAAAGUUAAACAUAUACUUAAUCUGACCCAGCUAUCAUACUGUCUUGGCACAAAUAAAAUUUACAUUUUUCUUAGCAGUUUUAUCUGUGAUAGCUGCAAAUUAGAGAUGACCCAAAUGUUCUGCAGUGCAUAAAUAGCUAAACAAACCAUUCUUACCAUGGAAUACUCUAUAUAUUGGAAAGAAACACUUAAUCCAGAAACAUGGCUUCUGUGGCAAGGGAUCAUAUCUGAAGACUUAAUUCUAUGUGAUCUGUCUGGAAUGCAGACAUGCCACAUACCGUUAAUCCCUCUGGCUGAAACACAGACACACUCUUAGCACACACCUUUACUCCCAAACAAUGAAGGUAAAGUUAGUUUGUAGAAAGAAACACCCAUGUUUGAAAGUGAUAUCUAAUUGAAGAGCAGACCAAGUGAUGAAUCUGAGAAAGAUUUGACAAAAGGGUCAGGAUAGGCUAUGCCCAACUCACAUGAGAGCAUAGAAAAAGAGUCUGCUUAAGGGAGGGCAGGGCUUAGAGAGAGGAGAAAAGGCAGUUUUAACCAGAUGGUUGUACAGAGACAGGCUGCAGAGAGAGAACACGUUAAAUGCAGGUGAAGAUAGAUCCAGAGAAUGACAAGAAGCUAGAAGAUUAGAACAGAUUGCUAUAGUUAGUUUGAGACCACACAAAGCAAUUCAGUCAGAAGCUGAGAGAAUCCAGUUAGAAUCAGUCAGCUUGGAGAGGUGUUUGAGCUAGAACAGCUGAGUUGAACCAGCCAGCCAGAGUUCAGAAAGAACUAGAAAAGGUGGGCAUAUUCAACAGUUAGUCUCAGAGGCUGAAAACAUUCUAAGACUAGAUUAGAUUGUACAGAGGCUAGAGGCUUCGAGGAUUGGGUCUAGGUUAUUGGACAGAGGUAAGAAGCCUCCAGGACUAGGCCUAGGUUAGCAGAUGGAGGCAGUAAGCCUCCAAGAUGACAAUUAAAUCCGGCAAAUUAAAGUUACUUUUACAGAAUACACUGCUAAUAUAUAUGAGUUGGAUGAGACUUGGGACAUUUUAGUAAAUGAAAAAAAAAAAAGCUAUUCUUAAAAGAUCACUUGCUGUAUGGUUGCAUUUCUAGAGCAUUGUUGAAAUGACAAAAUUAAUGAAAAGGAAAAACAGAAUAAUGGUUUCUAAAGUCAGGGAGUGGAUGUUGUAAAGCAUAUAUAUUGUUAUGAUAGUAUGACAUAAAAGUUCGUUUAGGCUGAUCAAACAGUUUUGUACCUAAACACAGUUUUAGUGUUUAGUAUAUAAGUCUGUUCCUAUGCUAACAUUUUAUACAUUUAUAUGCAUAUAAAUCAAUGCAUAUAAAAAUCUCAUAGAAGUUAGUAGGAAAUAAAUGUUUUGUUUUAUGAUAUAAUAAGAUGUAUGAGCUAUAUGUAGUGGCACAUGGCUGCAAUCCCAGAGCUCAGGAGUCUGAGGCAGGAAAAUUACCACAAGUUUAGAGCCACCCUGAGGUAUAUUGUUCCUAGCCCAUUUUGCUACAGUAUAACACCUUGCCCCAGAAAAAAAGGUGAGGAAGGUAGGUGAUAAAAAGAAAACUUGGUGGUGGGGAUAAAAUUAUUUGAAUAUUCUGAUAGGCCAACUAUGAGCACAAGUAUAUGCUUCAUUCUCAUGACUAAAAUUAUAGUAGAUGACCAUUAACGUUACUUUUCUGUCAAUGUUCAUAUUUUUUAAAUGUUGGUCAUUGCACUCAGAGGUUAAGAGUACUGGCUGCUCUUUCAGAGGUCAUGAGUUCAAUUCCCAGCAACUACAUGGUGGCUCACAACCAUCUAUAGUGAGAUCUGGUGCCUCUUCUGGUGUGGAGGCAUACAUGCAGGCAGAAUCUGUAUAAAUAGUAAAUAAAUAAAAUUUAAAAAAUGUUCUUCAUCAGAAAGAACAA